UUUCUGUUCAUUAAUCCAACUUGUCUUGCACUUUUCUCGCCGGCCCUAGCCUUUUCUUGUCACAUUCUGACAUUCUUAACCACUCUUGUUCCUCAACCUGCCUGCAGAUCAGCUUUUGCAUUUUUCUGAUCUUUCUUCUAAUCUUCCUUUUUGUUUCCUCUCACAACUGCGGGCCGGCAAGAUGAGAAAAGGGGCGGCGUUAGUUCUGUUUCCUUUCUGGGUUGUGGUCUUUAUAUGUUGCAUGCAACUUCAAGCUGGCGAUGGGAAAGUACUACAACAAGUACCUUGUUAUUUCAUUUUUGGAGACUCACUUGCAGAUAAUGGCAAUAAUAACUUCCUUUCAACAACAGCUAAAGUUAAUCACCGACCGUAUGGCAUUGACUUUCCUAGUGGACCAACUGGAAGGUUCUGCAAUGGCCGAACCACCGUUGAUAUAAUAGCUGAACUUUUGGGAUUCAAUAACUAUAUUCCACCCUUUGCAACUGCUAAGGGACGAAAGAUCCUUAGUGGGGUGAAUUAUGCAUCUGGCUCUGCCGGGAUUCUUAAUGAAACUGGGCGACACAUGGGUGUUCAUAUAAGCAUGGAUGGACAGUUGAAGAACCACCAAAUUACCAUCUCACGCAUUGCUAAAAUAUUAGGAACUAAUCGGUCAGCAGCUGCAAAAUACCUAAACAAGUGUUUAUAUUCAGUUGGGAUGGGGAGUAAUGAUUUCAUUAACAACUACUUCGAGACCAAAUAUUAUCCGACAAGCCGCCGAUAUACUCCAGAGCAAUACGCAAAAGUUCUUGCAGUACAAUAUUUUAAACAAUUAAAGACUUUGUACAGUUAUGGAGCAAGGAAGAUUGCAUUGUUCGGAGUUGGACUCAUUGGCUGUGCUCCGAACUCCUUAUCUUUGCAUGGCGCCACAAAUGGCUCGACGUGCGUAGAUGCAAUGAACAAUGCAGCCCAAAUCUUUAAUCAGAAUCUGAAAUUAAUUGUCAAUCGUCUGAAUAAAACCAAAACUGAUGCAGAUUUUGUAUAUGUGGAUGGGAUGGCGCACGCUGCUGAGGCAUUAUCUUAUGGUUUCAAGGUUUUAGAUGCUGGGUGUUGUCAAGUAGGAAGUUCUGGACAAUGCAUUCCUUUCAAAACUCCUUGCCAGAAUCGGUCUGAAUACGUGUUUUGGGACGCUUUUCAUCCUACCGAAGCUGUAAAUCGAAUUACUGCCCGAUUAUCAUACAAUGUUUUGUUCCCAUCUAAGACUGAUCUUCAUCGAGAUCAUCAUGGUCAUGGUAGUCACCCAAUUGAGCUUUAGGCAUAGAGCUCUACAUUUUUCUUUCUAUAUACA